CAACUCCAAUUGAAACCAACAAAAGCCAAAACAACAAAGAAAGACUAGACACAGACAACAAUGGCUGAACCUGAGGCUAAGCGCGUCAAGACGGAGUACGAGCUCAUCUACUGGCCCGGCAUCCCGGGUCGAGGCGAGGUCGUCCGCCUGCUCUUUGAAGACGCGGGUGUCGCUUACAUCGACACGGCGAAGGGCGACAACGCAGUUCCCACAACUCUUUCCUACAUGGACGCCUCCAAUCUGGGAGAUGAGAAGAACCCGCCAGUAUUCGCGCCGCCGGUGCUGAAGCAUGGCGAAUUGGUGAUUAACCAGCUGUCCAACAUCCUGCUGUACUUGGCGCCGAAGCUGGGGCUGGGGCCUGCGAGUGGAGAUGGGGUUUAUCAUUUGAAUUCGAUUGCUCUGACGAUUUUGGAUGGGCUUUGUGUUGAGGUGCAUGAUACGCAUCAUCCGAUUGCGACGCAUAAGUACUAUGAAGAUCAGAAGGAGGAGGCUAAGUUGAGGGCUGAGGCGUUUAGAGAGGAGAGACUGCCGAAGUAUCUUACUUAUGUUCAGAGGUUGCUGGAUGCAAAGACGAGUGGUGAAGGGGGUUGGUUGUAUGGAGGAGAGUUGACAUAUGUUGAUUUGGUGCUGUUUCAGUGCCUUGAUGGGACAAAAUUUGCUUUCCCCAAGACGGUGGAGAAGUUGAAGAAAAGCGGCAAGUAUGACGACGUGUUUAAGCUGUACGAUGCCGUCAAGGAGAGGCCGAAUAUCAAGGCGUAUCUUGAGAGUGACAAGAGGAUAGACUAUUCGGAUGGGAUCUGGCGCCACUAUCCUGAGUUGGAGGAGGAUGAGUGAAGUGGCUGUCUAAUUGACUGCAAGGGCAAAUGUGUGGGAACGUAGUAAUAAUAUGACAAAAAAUUGUUUGAC